AUGAUAUGUUUGCUCGAUCUAUCCAACGAAAUUCUACUUAUCAUUUUGGAAGUUCUUUACUCAAAACACAAAAAUUACGUUCUUGCACUACGAAAAGUUUGUAAAAGGUUUGCAUUACUGGGCGAACGACUUGCGUUUAGACGUAUUGAGUUCACAUUAAGUCCUAAAGACUUUUAUACGCUACGAGACCUAUCUCGAUCUUAUCUGCGAAAUAAUGUUAAAGAAAUUGUUUUUGCUUUUGACGAUUAUAAUGCCGAAGUCUCCACAGAUUUGACGGCUUUUGUCAGUUGGUUUCGAUUGCGGACAAUCCCUCUUAGAGACCAGCUGGAGAUGUUCGAAAGGUAUUGCUCCUUUAAAAAAACUUCGAUUCUUCUCCAACAAAACAACAAAGGCUUCGAAAGCCUGGCGGAAACAAUACGGCAGUUCACGAAUCUCCAAUCAGUAAAAAUGGUACAAGACUGGUCCUCCGACUGGUAUCAGAAAUUGGAUGGGGAGGAAUUCAACGAACUUGCUUUAUCUCCUACUGGAGUCCGACUAUUCGAGGUAGUCGUAUACGCUCUGGCAUCUCCAACUCUCAACGUCAAAGAACUGAUCCUUGGCGAGAUUUUCCAAGGAAGUCCUCCCCUUCUUGGCAUUAUUCAGAGCUUACGUCCUCUUACUACUAGCAACUACGAUAAAGCCUUUAGCUGUUUGGAGAAACUUGACGUAAAGCUGUCUUGGGUAGAGUCGUGCUUCACACCCCUAAACUACGAGGGAUUGUCCAGUCUGAUCCAAGCUGCGCCACUCUGUGAGCUACGUCUGGUCGCAUCUCCAUUUGCACCAACUCCUCCGGAUGCGUUCUUAGUAGUCCUAGGAGCCUCUCCUUUACGUGUAUUGGAGCUAGAGGGCGUGAGAUUUAAAGACCCUUCUUCCUUUCUUCGACUCCUGCAUGGUCUAAGACCCACAUUGAAAGAUGUUCGAUUUCAUAAUCUGGGUAUUGAUCACGGUUCUUGGGAGACUGUGCUUAUCGAGAUGCGAAGUGCUUUCGAGUUGAAGAGUUGCACAAUGGGAAUGCUAUUAUGGAAAGGAAAUACUAUUGAACUGGGUAUGUGUUUCGGCGAAAAGGGCAUUCCGAGGAACGCAGUGGAUGAGUUUGUUCAAAGACAGUCUGACCUUAAUCCUUUCGACUUGAUUCGAGCCUCUGACUCUCAUUUAAAUAGUUCAGUCCAGUUCUAG